UCGCAAUUCAGAAAACCCUAAAGCAAAAGAGGCUUUGUUGAUGUCUCUGGUCCUAAUUGCACAGGCUCAGCCCAUGGAAUCAGAGUCUCCAGUUGGUUUUGAUGUGCUCAAAAUUGAUGAAGGAAUUGCUAAAGGAUCACUAGAAUUUGAAGAAUGGACAACGCUUAUUUCAGGGAUUGAGAAAUCGUAUCCUGAUGAAAUUCAAAAAAUAUGCUUAGUUUAUGACUCCUUGUCUGAGUUUCCCUUAUGCCAUGGAUACUGGAGGAAGUACACUGAGCAUAAGACACGCUUAUGCACUGUUGACAAGGUUGUUGAAAUCUUUGAACGUGCUGUACAAUCAUCACCGUGCACUGUUGGUGUGUGGGUUGAUUUCUGUAGCUUCAGUAUAUCAGUUUUUGAGGAUCCAUCUGAUAUUCAUAGAUUGUUUCAAAGGGGCAUGUCCUUUGUUGGGAAAGAUUACACAUACCAUACUUUGUGGGACAAAUACAUUCAAUUUGAGUUUUCUCAGCAGCAAUGGAGUUCACUAGCACACAUUUACAUGCAAGCUCUGCGAUUCCCAAGCAGGAAGUUGCAUCACUAUUAUGAUUGUUUUAAGAAGUUGGUUGCCUUUUUGGAAAAGGAGAUGGAAUGCCAGAGCAUUUCUGCUGUUGAAAAAUUAGAAGCAGAGCCUGUGCUUGAUAACAAAGUGUCAAUAUGUUUUAAGAAUGACGAGAUUUCUUCAAUCGUAAAAGACCUAUUGGAUUCAUCUGCUGGCAUUGCAAGAUCUAAAGCACUGCAGAAAUAUCUGUUAGUGGGAGAAUGGUUAUACAAGGAAGCAUGCCAGUUGGCUGAAAAAAUUUCCUGCUUUGAAGCUAAUAUUCGGAGGUCUUAUUUCCAUGUCAAGCCUCUAGAUGCCAGCCAAAUGGAUAAUUGGCAUUGCUAUCUGGACUUUGUUGAGAUGCAAGGAGAUUUUGACUGGGUAUCAUUUUAAAUUAUCCUUGUGCUUAU